GUACGCGGCGACGCGCACUGUACGCCAUACCCACGGCGUAGGGUCUGCGUCGGUGUAACGCGGAACCAUAAACCCGCCUUGAGUCGUGCUCCCUUCCCCAUCACCGACAGCAGCUCCACUCAGCUCCGCACACUCACUGGACCAGCCUCCACCAGGGACCGCAGCCGGACGCCUGUUUCUCCUCGUGGAAAUGUCCUGGUGUGCAGAGCCCCGGUGUCCCGGUGAUGUGGUGGUGACAGCCCUGCACUGCGUGCUCCGCUCCGGCCACAGCACCAGCUAAUCGGCGCUAGCCGCGCACUGGUUUUUUGGGAGAUACCUGCUUGGAAAAAAAACAGAACCUCCUACGUUGACACAUGAAUUAGACACUGUUUUGGGUGAUUUUUUUUUCUUAAGGUGGAAUAUAAAAGGGGAUGUCGAACCAAGGAGUUCGGAGAAAUGGCCCAGUGAAGCUGCGGUUGACAGUCCUGUGUGCAAAGAACCUGGCAAAGAAAGACUUCUUUCGGUUGCCAGAUCCCUUUGCCAAAGUGGUCGUGGAUGGUUCAGGACAAUGCCACUCUACAGAUACUGUGAGAAAUACGCUUGACCCCAAGUGGAAUCAACAUUAUGAUCUUUACAUUGGAAAGUCAGAUUCCAUUACCAUCAGCGUGUGGAACCACAAGAAGAUCCACAAAAAGCAGGGUGCAGGUUUCCUAGGUUGUGUCCGCCUUCUCUCCAAUGCCAUCAACAGACUCAAAGACACAGGCUAUCAGAGACUAGAUCUGAAUAAGCUGGGCCCAAAUGACAAUGACACUGUGAGAGGACAGAUAGUAGUGAGUCUACAAUCCAGAGAUCGCAUUGGCACCGGCGGACCGGUGGUAGACUGCAGUCGUCUUUUUGACAAUGACCUACCUGAUGGCUGGGAAGAAAGGAGGACAGCUUCUGGAAGAAUACAGUACCUGAACCACAUCACGCGAACCACACAGUGGGAUCGACCCACCAGACCCGCAUCAGAGUAUUCCAGCCCAUCAGGGCGUCCGCUGAGCUGUGUGGUUGAUGAGAACACACCGGUGAUGACGCCUGUGAAUGGGGCUGUGGCCAGUGGCCCUCCGGGUGAACAGCGUGUACAGGAGAGACGGGUUCGAUCACAGCGGCAUCGGAACUACAUGAGUCGAACACACCUGCAUACGCCGCCUGACCUGCCAGAGGGCUAUGAGCAAAGAACAACCCAGCAGGGCCAGGUCUACUUCCUCCAUACGCAGACUGGAGUCAGCACUUGGCAUGACCCGCGGGUACCCAGGGAUUUGAGUAACGUAAACUGUGAAGAGCUGGGCCCGUUGCCACCAGGCUGGGAGAUCAGAAACACUGCUACAGGCCGUGUCUACUUUGUUGAUCACAACAAUCGUACAACGCAGUUCACCGACCCACGGCUAUCUGCUAACCUACAUCUAGUGCUCAACAACCCGAGUCCGAAUGGUUCCCGUGUGGCCAUGGACAGCCAAAACACUAACCUCAGCCAUCCAACUCCAUUGAAGGACCAGGGUGGUCCUGGGGCUCCUCAGCAAGCCGUGUCCCCGGCCCAGUUACCCGAAGAGGCAGAGUGCCUGACGGUGCCCAAAUACAAAAGAGACCUGGUGCAGAAGCUGAAGAUCCUGCGACAAGAGCUUGCACAGCACCAACCACAGGCUGGCCACUGCCGCAUCGAGGUCAGCCGGGAGGAGAUCUUUGAGGAGUCGUACCGACAGGUGAUGAAGAUGCGCCCAAAAGAUCUUUGGAAAAGACUAAUGAUCAAAUUCAGAGGAGAAGAGGGACUGGACUAUGGAGGGGUUGCAAGGGAAUGGUUAUAUCUGCUGUCACACGAGAUGCUGAACCCCUACUACGGCCUCUUCCAGUACUCCAGGGACGACAUCUACACGCUACAGAUUAAUCCCGACUCUGCUGUCAAUCCUGAGCACCUGUCGUACUUCCAUUUUGUGGGUCGAAUUAUGGGCAUGGCGGUGUUUCACGGCCACUACAUCGACGGAGGCUUCACCCUGCCUUUCUACAAACAGCUGCUGGGGAAACCGAUCACGCUGGACGACAUGGAGUCUGUGGACCCCGACCUCCACAACAGUCUGGUCUGGAUUCUGGACAAUGACAUCACUGGCGUCCUGGACCACACCUUUUGUGUGGAGCACAACGCUUACGGAGAAAUCAUCCCACAUGAACUCAAGCCCAAUGGGAAGAGCAUCCCUGUGACAGAGGAGACCAAGAAGGAGUACGUCAGGUUGUAUGUGAACUGGCGUUUCCUUCAUGGCAUCGAGGCUCAGUUUCUGGCCCUGCAGAAAGGCUUCAACGAGGUCAUCCCGCAGCACCUGCUCAAAUCCUUUGAUGAAAAGGAGUUGGAGCUGAUCGUGUGCGGCCUGGGAAAGAUUGAUAUUGUGGACUGGAAGUCCAACACGCGUCUGAAGCACUGCACCCCUGACAGCAACAUCGUCAAGUGGUUUUGGAAAGCCGUGGAGUCAUUUGACGAGGAGAGGAGGGCCCGCUUACUGCAGUUUGUUACUGGCUCGUCUAGAGUCCCGCUGCAAGGCUUUAAGGCUUUACAGGGCGCUGCAGGACCCAGACUCUUCACCAUUCAUCAGAUCGAUGCCAACACCAAUAAUCUGCCCAAAGCCCAUACCUGUUUCAAUCGGAUCGACAUUCCUUCGUACGAAAGCUAUGACAAGCUAUACGACAAGCUACUGACGGCAAUCGAGGAGACGUGCGGGUUUGCAGUGGAGUGAGAGCGAGCUGGAGAGCGUGUGCAUAUGAAGAUGUGACUGUGCAGGAUUCUGAUAAACUGUUCCCACAGAGAUGUGCCGACAGGUUGGCACUAAGCAUCCGGCCUACAGUCUUCCUUUUCUGUCACCACUGUUGUCGUUGUUGGUAUCUGAACAGCUGCUAUACAGACGUCCUGUGUUUGUUUUUCCAUUUUAAGGUUCUUGUAAAAUUUUAUGGCCUUUAUUUCUCCUCCCCGCCCCCUCAUGAAACGAAAAUUUGAUUUCAAAUUAAACUAGGUUAAAGCUCAACCUCUUACAGGACAGUUUUUGUUUCUUGGACAUUUGACACCCAUGAUUCUCUCUCGGCUUGUGUAGAUUUGUUUGAUUGAUCCAUGUCAUGCUACUGAAUCUUUUAACACUGCUAGUAGCCGUGUCGUUCCUUAGUAGCCAUCUUAACCUCAACUAAAACACCCUCCUGUCCUCGCGGCUGCAGAGUUGGUGAUCUUCAUCUUGUUAGGAGCACCAUGAAUUCAUCCUACCUCAGUGUAAUGCUUUGAUAUUUGAAGGUUUUCAUUCUAAAAUGUCACAUAACAUCUUUAAAGUCAUCCUUUAACUCAAACUAAGAAUUUUUAUGAUUUUUUUUUUUUUUUUUUUUUUUUUUCAUAACAAGUUCGCCUUCACCGGCAGUCAUUUUUCUAUGAGUGAAACCGCAUCAUUAGAAAAAUGACCGUAUCAUCUUGAAGAGCAACUUGUACAGAGUGAUUCAGUAGUUGGACUCUGGUGACAAAGAAGGUUUCAUCGUAUGUUUUUCUCCAUAAAUAACUGCAGUGUGACCACAUCCCGUGUAAGCAUGUGUCUGAAUGCGUCUGCAGUGAAAUAGACACGUUGUUGUUGCCCUCCGCCUCCACUCUCUUGAUAUUUUGUAUGCCACUGCAGAGCUGAUUGAACCUCAUCUUCCUUUUCCGUCUCAUUUUCACACAUUCGUUUCCAUCAACAUGCAUGUCUGUGUUGUCCAGUCAGGCUUAACCAGGCACUCUUGAUAUCAGAUCCUACCUGAAAAUAACUGUCCAUAAGAGGAUGUUUUAUUAAAAAAAAGAUCUUCAAGGCAGAUAACGUUUCUCAGUCACAUCAGUUUUAAAAAGUAGAGGUUUUUCUCUCUCUGUACUCUUUAGAGCACUUUACAAAGUGAGCGGUGGUGACAGGAGUGCUUUCUUCAUGUUAGACUAGAAUAUAUCGUUUGUUUUGUUCACAACCACAUUACAAAUACUCAAGAGUAAAAUAUCUAUAGACCUGUAAUUUUUUUGAGUAUAUAUGUACAAAUACAUAGCUAUUUUGUAUAUUGUUGCUUGUUUUCUCUGUUUAGUUUAAAUGCGAGCAUGUUGUCUUUCACAGACCUCUUUGCAUUCUCAGGUGAAGUUGUCUUUUUUUUUCUUUUUUUUUACUCAUAUGUAAGGCUAGUGUGUGAGGAAGUUAUAUUUAAGAUGCUCUGUCUCCAUGAUGGUGUAGAAGUUCAGUUUAGUCAUAUUUUAAUUUGACCCUUAACAUGCCCCCCAAACACCACAUCAGGACAUUUCUGUUCACAAGACGACAUGUCGCUGCAGGAUAUGAAUCCUCGGAGCUGCAAAUUCAGGACAUUACCUGUUGAACACCUGCUAAACGGCAAAACCAAAAUCAAGUGUCACCAAAAACCAGACGGGUGAAAACGAGGAAGGUCUCCGUCAACAAAGCCUCCAGAACACCCAACACACUCUGCAUGAAUGGGUGCUAUUUAUUUGUGUAAAAGUUACUCCUGUAAAACGUUAUUUUAAGGAGGGAAAAACGAUCCACUAAAUGUACAUUUUUGUGUGUAUACUGCCUACAUUUAUUUGCAUCCAUGAACCGGUUUUUGCUGGCAGAUGUGUCAUCUUUUUUUUUUUUGUGGUGGCCAUAAAAGACAAAAAGUACAUUGGGAAGAUGGGAUUUAUUUGAUUUUACCUUUAAAACCUUUAUACAGACGGAAAAGAAAUGCAUUGCAAGUGUUUUUUCUUCCACACAUUUAUGCAUACAUGGGCUCAAAAGCUAAAAUCCAACACUUCCUUCGAUGUACCAAAUACUUAUUGGGCUGAUUUUUUUUUUUUUUUUUUUUUAAUUAAAUGUAGUUUUCAUAUAUAUCGUUGUAUAUCUACACACACGUUCUUGAAAUGCACAUGUAUAUACAGUAUGUUUGUCCAGAGCACACAGUCCACUUCUCUUUGUUACCCUGUUGUGUUCUGACUGGUUCAGUCUUCGGUCCAGAACUCACGGCUCCUGGUGAGAGCAGUCAGGUCUCAGAGCAAGUCGUCAGUGAUGUGAAGAUCUGCCCUCUCUGUCUCAAGCAGCUUUGGUGGGGGAAAAAACAAACAAACAAACAAAAUGCAUCAUUGUACUUCAGAGAUGGUUUAACUGCUUACAAACCCUAAUAAGCUGUUAAAUGUUGAGCAUGCGCUAAACCAUUACAACCUGAUGCAACAGAUGGGUUCACUUGCACGUCGGUGUGUGUAAGACUCAUAGAUCCUAAUGGGUUAAUUACAAAUAUAUGUGCACAUUCUCUGUGUUAAUGACUUUUGAUUCAAUUUAGUACUAAGCAAAAACAUUUUUUUUAUGACACCGUUUAUACCUUUUAAUUUCUGUUUUUGUAUUUAUUAUAACAGUACACGUGUUCAUAGUUUCCAUAUCAGCUGCUCUGUGAGUUUGUAACUGACACUUGUACUUAAGGACAAUGAAGACGCAAAGUAAGAAACUUCUUAUACUGUUGCAGAAUGCUGAGCAAUAAAACUUUGCUGUUUGUGCAUAACGGCAAUAUGUUUUAAAGAA